UACCAUCAUCUACGUUGCUCCGGUUGCUCGUGAACCUUGUUUCCGCGCGUCAACGUCAAUUUCGGCGCUACUCCAAUUUCGCUUUUUAGGUUAUGAGCAGUAUUUGUGUAUGAUCCCGAAAGUAAAGAGAUAACUUCCGUGAGAUCCUCGUCGUGGGAUAAUGAUAACCUGCGUGAUCAACAGCUGUUCCUCCACUGAACGUACGAGGAUAGACGGCAACACGAUCACAUUCUUCCCCUUUCCGGAGGACGAUCUGAGAAAGAAUCAGUGGCUACGUAACUGCGACUUAGCGUCCAGUAACAAGGAACCGUUGCACAUUUGCGAGCUUCACUUUGAGAGGGUCCACUUCACCGCGUCCAAAGAUUUGAAGCCUAGCGCUGUUCCCACUCUGUUCGGUAGAAUAAAAGACGCACCGAAAGAACAGAAAGCAGAGAAUGUAUCACAGGCAACACCACCAAAACAGAGAAAGUUAGAUGAACAUUCGCAUGCUUUAGUGACACCACCGCAGAGUCCAUCCAUGCAGGAUAAUAUUGAGGAUUUAUUUAGUGGAAAUAAAGCAGAUAUGUCAAUAGAUCAUGUAAUAGCUAUAAAUGGUUCUGCCAAAUCGACAUCCAUAACAAGGAAUUCUAGUGUAAAAACAUAUCGUUUGAUAAUACAGAUUGAUAAAAUACGAAGUAAACCAGGCCCGAAGUGUAAAAAGGUACCGCCUUCGGUCAAAUUUGAUAAUGAAACGAUGAAAGAGACAAAGGUGAGUGAAAGCAGAACGGAAAGGAAACUUCGGCCGUUACAGAUUAGACAGCCCUGUGCUAUGGGUAGUUGCAAGCUGAAAAGAUGCCUAUACAAAUCAGCACUAGCAUUUCAAUGUGAUGUGUGUGGUAAAUGCUAUUCAACCAAGAAAGAGGAUGCCAAGAGCUACUCUUGCACUAAGUGUUCCGCGACUUUCCCUAAUCCGCAGUCAUUAUAUUUACAUAUCAGAAAACAUUUUAUGUGCGAUAUCUGCCUAACAGAAUGUAGCUCUCAAAUGGCGUAUGACAAACAUAUAAGAUUGCACGUCAGUACCGAUCCGAAAUGUCCGUACAAAUGUCACCAGUGUCUUAAGACAUUUGAGGUGAAAGAUGGUGUUAAGCAGCAUUGCCUACUAGAGCAUCCUAAAAUAACUUUACAAAACACUGUCCUUCAGGUUUCUCCACCUUCUGUAACUGCAAUAGUCCCUCAAAAAAGUGAUUAUUUCUGUAUCAACUGCAAUAUUAGUUUCACAAGCGAUCAAGCUUACAGGAAUCACAUAAAUUCUCAUGGAAAGAAAGAGGGCUUUACGUGUAACAUUGCAAGCGAGGGUAACAACAUAAUACCUGUACCAAAUCCUUUAACCGGGAGUCAAAUAGGUUUUCUUCAAGCGGUGAAGUUUAGUUGUCGAGUGUGCUCUAAAGAAUUUGACAACGUUGGGGAAGUUGACUUGCACACAAGGACUCACUUGGAGGUACCUGAGGAAGAUCUCAAAUGUAAUAUAUGUAAGAAGCUUUUCAAGAGCAGCGCAGCGUUCCAGGAACAUUUAAAACAUCACUUGUCGCUCGCACAUCCCUGCCCAAUUUGCUCGAAAGCCUUUAUCAAUAAAACUACUUUAAACAUACACUUAAAGACGCAUCCUGUGUCGUCAAAGACGCAUCCUGUGUCGUCGCAGUAAUACAAUUUCAUUUUGACACUUCAUCAUGGAUAUUUUUCGUAAACGUAUUCUUGACAAGGCUAUUACAUAUAAAAUACAAUGUUUGAAGAACUAUUUUUGUUUAAAGAACAAUGUUUAAAAAGUAAUGUUCUAUUAUUAAGGAUUAUUAUCAACGACUAUUAUCAACCAGUGUGUCACUUAUGUGUGAUACUUACAUUGAACUUUAGUAGUCAUGCAACAUUACGAAAAUUUAAACAUUUAAUGUUUGCUCGUUAACAUUAAAUCAAUAAUUAAAUCCAAACAGGAUUCUGCAUGUUAA